AUGGCUAGCAAAUUCGAUCUGGUGGUCCUCAACGGGAAAGUAGUCACUGCUAGUGACAUCAGUGACUAUUGCAUUGGUAUUAAAAAUGGGAAAAUCAACACCCUCGUCGAGAGCUUCUCGGAAGAUGAGUUAGCAGGUGCUGAGGUGAUCGAUGCCAAAGGUGCAUAUGUGAUGCCUGGUGGAAUCGACGCUCACGUCCAUUUAUGUCAAGACUUAAAAACCGGACCACACGGUCUCGGAGGAGAAUGCGCCGAUAAUUUUGAGACGGGCUCACGGAGUGCAGUGGCCGGUGGAACGACGACUAUUAUCACUUUCGCGACACAGACCAGAGCAGAAGAAGACCGAAGUCUUCUCAAGGUCGUAGAGUCUUAUAACGCGCGCGCCGAAGAGACGGGCAGCUACGUGGAUUAUGGGUUCCAUAUCAUUAUUGUUCGCAACGAUGCUGACGUGCUAGAGACCGAACUCCCAGUUUUGAUCAAUGACUGGGGAAUUAGCAGCUGCAAGCUAUUUCUGACGUAUGAGACGCAACGGUUGACAGAUUCGCAACUCUUGGAUGUCAUGUGGGCUGCUAGGAAGAACUCCAUCACCACAAUGAUCCAUGCCGAAAAUGGAGAUAUGGUUGGAUGGCUUACAAAGAAACUUGAGGAGAAAGGCAUGAAUGCUCCAUACUACCACGCAUUGUCCCGCCCCCCUCUUGUCGAAGGGGAGGCGACUAAUCGCGCCAUUUCCCUAGCACAAUUGAUCCAAAACCCGAUUCUUUUCGUGCAUGUCGGCUCUGCACUUGGGGCGGCCAAUGUGCGCCGGGCUCAGGAUAUAGGACUUCCUGUGUACGCCGAAACAUGCCCUCAAUAUUUCCAUCUGACAUGGAACGACCUGAAACGGUUCCAUUCACCGACGUGUUUCGAAAACAGCAAAAUGAUCUGCUCGCCUCCCCCACCCCCGGAUGCUUCUGAUCAAGAAGAUUUGUUCGUUGGUCUUCACAAUGGAACCUUUACGAUCUACUCAUCAGAUCACUGCCCUUUUCGGUAUGACUGCCCCCACGGCAAGCCUUCCGGGGUGCUUGAGCACGCCGAGAGCAUGGAAGGGGAGUCGCCGGAUGCCUGUGAGGAUCUACAUGGCCUCUUAACACGCAAGGAAGGGUCAUUUAAAUUGAUUCCUAACGGCAUUCCUGGCGUUGAAACUCGGCUCCCACUACUCUACACUGGCGCACUAGCAACUGGGCGCAUAUCGCCACAACGAUUUGUGGAGCUUACAUCUACAAAUCCAGCAAAAUUGUACGGGUUAUAUCCGAAAAAGGGGACGCUGAUGCCAGGAUCUGACGCCGAUUUGGUUAUUUGGCACCCUCAUAAGACGUUUGAGCCAUUCCAUCUCACCAACGCCCAACUCCACCACAAUGUCGAUUAUACGCCGUACGAAGGAAUUAAGAUGACCAAUUGGCCUCGUUAUACGAUUCUACGAGGAAAAGUUAUGUGGGCCAAUGGUAAGAUCCUUGGUAAGGUCCGGGAUGGCCAGUACGUGAAGCGUGGUCCAAGCCAACUGAGUCAAGGCCUUCCCAGAGCCGAUCGAGACCCACGACGUGUUGCAGCUUGGCUGUAUAAAUGA